UUCUUCGCAUUACCUGCUGAAGUUGUAAGCCUAGAAAGUUGAAAUUAGGAUAAAAACCUUAAAGACCUAACUUGUUAGUCAAGAAAGUUGAGAGUGGUGGUAAAAGAGCCUUGACAUGCAAGUAAAAGACAAGUUAACUGAAAGUAGUUAAUUAAGGUAUUACAUGUUGGAUGACAAGCCAAGAACCGAUCAAGAAGCUUUUGCAAAAGUUGAACUCUGGUAAAGAUUUUCUCUAUUUUCAUCUCUGUGACCGGUUUAGACUUCACCAGAAGAGCUCUCGACCGAGUUUUGGUAUUGGUCUCUCGAUGAUCUUCUAUCUUCCUCACCAGAAUCAUCAUUAUCACCACCGUGCUUCCCUCUCCUUUGCAUCCGAAAAUCAAGCCGUUCAUCCAGACACAGAGCAUACUUCCUAACAAAAGCAGAGUAGUCCCACGAAUCAGACCGGUUUGCGUCUUUGAAGUCAGACAAGUUAAAAAACCUAGUUCAACGCCUGGUCGUGAAGAAGAUCUCUUUCUCGUAGGCUCGGUCGCCUUGCGAUAACAACCUCUGGAUCAAAAUCAAGGUUUUGAGAGCAACAGACCAGUUAUUGGUCUUGGUUGAGACGUCUCGAAAGAAUCAACACACAAGCGCUUACGUAGUUGCGUGAGUAAGAUGUUAGGCUUAUGAUCUCUCUGACGUACGUAUUUCUCAUCCGAUGGGUUGUCGUCGUGUCGUGUUGGCUGUUGCUUUGACGAUGGCUACUUCUAGUUUCGUUAAAGAACUGCUUCGACCUCCGACUUUGGCUAAACCUACUCUUGCCUCAUCUUUGUCGGCUCCGAUGACGCGUUGAAGCUUACUCAAACUCAUUUUGACUAAAACGUACGAGAAGAAAAGAAAGAUGGACGGCUUUUUUUUGUUUUACUUGUUUGUCGUCUCCUUUUCUCCUCUGUUUCUUUGUUCUUCUUCCUGAAACAUAAACUGUGGUUUGGUUUGGUCGAUCUAACAUAGAACUCGCCGAGGUUGUGGGUAUCUAAUGUGAGGGGACUUUAACUCAAUAUGCCCCAAGGCCUCUUGAAAAAUUCUCAUAUGUCCCUGUUAUUAAAAAUAAUAUAUAAUAAUUUCUUUUUGAAUUUUUUUUUAAUGCAAAAAGUGGGUAAAGUCGAAAAGACCCUAAAUGAAAAUGAACUUAUUACCAUAUCCAACCAAAUCGACCCGGUCCACUCAAACCUAAAGGGUUACGACCCGGAUCCGAACCCUAAUUCUCUCUUGGUUGCGAAACCCUCUGAAUGGCUCUCUCCGUCUCAAACAGAAAAGGGAAACAACAAACCCUAGAUUCGAUUUCUCUGCUUCUUCCAUCUUCGGCUCGUUCACAAUCCAGACGAAUCGAGCGUCUUCGUGUUCUUCAUUCAUUCGUUUAUCAUGGUAAGCGUGUUGUCAAAUCUCCAUACCUCCCCUUUUCGUUUAUCUUGGUCGUUGUCCUUUUUUGUUAGUUGGUGGGGAAAACUUGUAAGUGAGUAUGGUGAAAUCGGGUUAUGUCUGUAGAAAGCGAAUUGCUAAAAAAUUGGAGACUAACCCAAAUGGGGUUGGGGUUAUGGUAGAAACGGAAUUGGGACAGAAAGGGGUUACGAAUUAGGAUAAAUGGUCUAUUGUGUGAAUCGGGUGUGUAGUACUUUGUGUUGUUUUGGUUUUGUUGAUCGUGAAUUGAUUUUGGGGUGUUUAGUUUGUCUACUUGACUUCGUGGUAAAGCUUAAUUGAUGUUGCUAUGCGGUUUGCAUUUGGAGUGAUUGAGUUGUUGUGGUUGUAACGUCUUGUACAUGAAAUGAAGGGCCAAAAAAGUAGGCAUCAAUAAUACUGCAAAGGUUUUGCAUUCUCAGUGUUUGUCUCUGUUACCAAGGUAAGUGUCUUCAGAAUCAAUUUGCUCUGGCUAGUUUCUUACUGGUGUUGUUAACUAGGGUUGUCUUUGAACUGUUUGGUAAAUUUAUUUUUCUUAGGAACGUUUUGUGUGUGUUUUUCUGCAGAGAAAAAGAUAUGCUAGUGGUACAAUGACCGAGGAUCAGGCCCUCCCCUAAUUUGUCAAAUGCACGUGGAGAAGGAACGCCGACGAGAAAGGAUUGUUGCUUCACGCAGUGAUUAUAGUGCUGAUCAUAAUGACCUUUGCGAUGAUAAAACGAUGCUCAAGAUGCAAAGAGAGCAGCGGAAGCGUGCUGAUAAGGAGAACAGAGAAAGGAGAGGCCGUGUGUUCUGGACGACAGAGAAGCCGAUCAAGAUAACUUGCACCAUUUUCCAGAGGAAAAAAAAAAAUCUUCGAGAAGAGAGGAAGGUCCUGAAGCAAUUCUUUGAGCGUUGUGAGAGUAUUGGUAUUGGAUCUUCUGAUGUCUUUAAAACAGGGAGGCGAGUUGUCGAAACUGUAGCUACUAAAUGAACACAUACAGUUUUUUAAUCAGAUCAGAUUAAAUAUAGAAAAAUAUUUUAAUAUUAUGUUUAUUUAUUUAUUUUAUUUAAAUAUAUGUUAAUAUUUAAUUAUACACUCAAUUUUGAUUAGUGUAGUUUUCAUUAUCUUUUGUGACACAUUCUCCUUUCAUCUUUUAUUAAUUCCCAUUGUUUGAGCAUGUUUCAUGUGAAAAAAAAAUGCUCAUAUUAAAUUGUUUUUAUAAAAUGUAUGAUUAAAGUUUAAGUCUUUUUUUUCCUUCUACAAACACAUUUUGUUUGUCAGUAAAUAUUAAGUAAGGUAAUAUGUCACAUUACACAUUCCAUCAUUUAUAAAUAAUUAAAAAGUGUUAAAACCAUUUAUCUUCUUAUUUUAGAUUUUAAAAAUGUUUUAUGUUUCAUAAAAUUCAUUUUGUUUCGCUCAGGUAUAUAAAAAGUACUCAUAUAAAAUGUAUAUGCAUAGCAUAUGUUAAAAUGAUAAUUUGAAAAUUACUCAUGUAAAAAGUGCAUGCAUAACACAUGUUAAAAUAAUAAUUUUAAAAGUAUUCAUGUCUUUGACAAAAAAAAAAAUACUUAUGUAAAACGUGAAGCCUUUAUAUACAUAAAUUUAAUAUUUUAAUUACACUUAGUAAUUCUUGGUAAUUUUCAAGGUAAUAGUAAUACUACCUUACACUUAGUAAUACUUUAGCAAAUUUUAAGUUUUAUUAGUAAAACCAUGUCGGGAUAGAAUAUUUGGUAGUAAAACCAAUGUUUUUAUAUAAUGAAUGUUAUUAAGGAAGAGUAUUACAUAACCAAUUUAAUAGAAAUAAGUAUUUUUAUAGUUUUUUUUACAAUAGCCUUAUGAUUCACACAAUAACCAUGAAAGUUAAAGAAUCAUUUUGGGAAAAUGAAAUAUAUUCCUAAAACUAUAGAAAAUAAUCAUCUAAAUAGUUUUAAUAGUCUUAUGUACUAUAUACAUAGUCUACUAAUAGAUAAUAUAUGGAUUCUAUAUGUUAAAUACACGCACUACUUGCAAUAUAUAGGAGUUUCAAAUUACACAUAAUAAAACCAAGUAAUCCUAGUAUUUCGAAUUACACAUAAUAAACCUAGUAAUCCUAGUAGUCCAAAUUACAUAAAAUAAAACCAGUAAUCCUAAUAGUCCGAUAAUUUUUCAACGUAGUAGAACUAAUAGUUCUAAUAAAAAUGUUUUUCCAUAGUAAUACAAGUUGUCUAAGUAGUACCUAAUUCUUUUCACAUUUACGACCUAGUCAUUGUUUUUAGAACGAUGUUGUUCGGAUUAAACCACUACUAUUUUUCUAUGACCAUAUUAAAGUCCUACUAUACUUCAAAAUGAAGUAAAAUAAACCAAACCCCACAAACACAGUUUUUAAAAUAAUUUUCAAUGUCUCAAAAUUUUCAUUAAAUCUUAAGUUAUUUACAUUAUCUAAGAUAUACAUUUCAUUUUAAUUAUACUCCAAUUAAAUUUCUGUAAAAAUGAACAUAAUAAACCUAAAACCCAGAAAACAAAAUUUUAAAACUUGUUUUAAUUCUUUUGAAAUUCUUAGUAAAUCUUAAAUUAUUUACGUUAUCCAAGAUUUACAGUUCAUUUUAAUGAUAUUCUAUAUAAUUUUUUUAUUAAAACACGGAUAUAAUAAAUCUAAAACCCAAAAAAAAAACAGUUUUAAAACUCAUUUUCAGUCUUCCAAAAUUUUUAGUAAAUCUUACACUAUUUACAUUACCUAAGAUGUACAGUUCAUUUUAAUGAUAUUCUAGAUAAAUUUAUUUUAAAAAAAAACAGAUAUAAUAAAUCUAAAACCCAGAAAAAAUAGUUUCAAACUCGUUUUCAAUCUUCCAAAAUUCUCAAUAAAUCUUACAUUAUUUACAUUUCCCAAGAUGUACAAUUCAUUUUAAUGAUAUUUUAGAUAAUUUUUUUUAAAACGGAUAUAAUAAAUCUAAAACCCAAAAAAAAAUAAUUUUAAAACUCGUUUCAAUCUUCCAAAAUUAUUAGUAAAUCUUACAUUAUUUACAUAACCCAAGAUGUACAAUUCAUUUUAAUGAUAUUCUAGAUAAUUUUUGAAAACAUAUAUAAUAAAUCUACAACCCAGAAAAAUAGUUUCAAAACUCGUUUUCAAUUUUUUGAAAUUCUCAGUAAAUCUUACAUUAUGUACAUUACCCAAGAUGAACAAUUCAUUUUAAAGAUAUUCUAGAUAUUUUUUUUAAACAGAUAUAAUAAAUCUAUAAAAAAACAGCUUUAAAACUUGUUUUCAAUCUUCUGAAAUUCUCAGCAAAUCUUUUAUUAUUUACAUUAUUUUAAUAUAUUUUGAAAUUUAAAGCUAUUUUAUAACAAAUUUCAUAAAAAUGAACAUAUAUUAAAUGUUGUAUAAAGUUUCGGUUAACAAAAAGAAAAAUGUCACAUUAAGAACUGAGAAAAAAAAGGAGGUCACGUUGAAGAAGACAAAAAUGAGGUUUCUGGUUAAAGUUUAUCGUGGGACCCAACUGAUUUUUGAUAUAAAUUUGAUUCAUGGUUAAUGAGGUGUCAGAUUUAUAAUAAAAAAUUAGAAGGCUAGUUUGGGAAUCAUAAAGAGAGAAGGGCAGUGAGAAAAAAGGAGGGAUGAGGAGAAUAGUUUUUUUUCAAUAGGGGUAUAUUGAGUUACACUCCAAUGUGAGGAGAUAUUAGAAAAGUCAUGUGAAUAUGAUUUCACCUUUCCUUUUUAUAAUUGGAUAAAAAAUGAUUUUUAACAUAAAAACCCUUCAAGUAAGUUUUAUUCUGACAAAAACCCCUCAAUUAAGAAUGUAACAGAAAAACCUCUCAAGUUAUGUAUUUUAAUAAUUUGGCCCCUCCGUCAACUGUGUCGUUAAAAGUCAUAGUUUGUCGUUACGUAUAAAACGUUGUGUUUCAUUUAUUACAAGAAAACAACAUGAAUUAUAGAGAAAAACGACAAGCAUCUCUCUUGAAUGGCACGGUAUCUGUUUUAUUUUUAUUAGGUCCAAUUAAAAACCAAACCAUUAAACCCUAAUUUUUUAGAGAUGAAGAACACAAUCCUCAGAAUCAUCUAAUAUAUGGUUUAUGGGCUUUCUCGACACAGAUUGAGAGAUAUCAGAAGAUUCAGAGACAGAUUUCGUGGUUUGUGGUUAAGUUUCAAGUUUGUGGUUUUUUAGUUUCAGAGCAUUGCUUAUUUCGAAACAGAAAACGUGAGUGAGAGAGAGACAGAGACAGAGAGAGUGUGAGAGAGAUAGAUUGAGUGUGACAGGAGCUUCUUAGAUGACGAGGUAACUAUUUGUGUUCUUAAUUUUGAGUUUGGUUUCGACUUGUGUUAACAAAAAUCGGUUCUUCAUUCUUCACAGGACACUUUACAUCCGGUUACAUGCUGGAGGAUAUUGGGCAGCUGAUGGAUCGUAUAAUGGUGGGGAAACAAGAUGCUCAAAGUUGAUUUUGAAAACCCAAAUUUGAAGAUGUUGUUAGAUAUGUUGUCGAGUGGUGGAUUUCCAGAGAAUAUGAGUAAGCUCUCAUACUUCCCAUCUGGUGUUGUUGAUCAGAACAAGAAGGAUUUAUGCUCUGAUAUUGAUGUUGCGGAGAUGUUAACCUUCUCAUCUGAGCUGGAAAGCAUGAAUCUAUAUGUUGUAAGGGCUGAUGAUCCCUUCUUAGAUGAUGUUCUCGUUGGAGGAGAUGAAGAAGAAGAAGAACCAGAGAGUGAUGGUGAAUGGGCAGAUUUUUACAAAGAUGAUUAUGUUGAUAGUGAUGAUUCUGAUGAUGAAGGCGGUAAGAUUGAGUUUUUUGUGGGGCAAACAUUUGUUUCAAAGGAAAAGUGCAGAGAGACAAUAGAGAAAUAUGCAGUGAAAGAGAAGGUUAACAUCCAGUUUCAGAGAUCCGAAAGGAAGAAAGUAGCAGUGGUUUGUGUGGCUGAGAACUGUCAAUGGAGAUUGUAUGCUUCAAUCAAUAGUAAGUCUGAUAAUAUGGUGGUCAGAUCUUACAUAGGAAACCAUAGUUGUUAUCCUAGUGGAGUUGUCAAGCUUUACACUGCUCCCAAGAUAGCUGCUGAUUUUCUGAACGAGUUUAGGACUAAUCUGAAACUGAAAGCUGAGCAUAUAAUGCAGAGACUGGCACUCAAAGGUCUUCGGGUUACUAAGACUAAAUGUCAGAGUGCAAGGCAAAUAAUGUUGCACAUUAUAAGUGAUGAGUAUGCUGAGCAAUUUACAAGGAUGUAUGAUUAUGUUGAAGAAUUGAAGAAGACAAAUCCUGGUUCAACAUUUAUUUUAGGUACAAAAGAGAGAGUGUUUGAGAAGUUUUAUACUUGCUUUCAAGCGCAAAAGAUUGGUUGGAAGAGUGCUUGCCGCCGUAUAAUACAUUUAGAUGGAACGUUUCUGAAAGGCCACAUGAAAGGACAAUUACUUACUGCUGUGGGAAGAGAUCCUAACAAUCAAAUGUAUAUCAUUGCUUGGGCUAUCGUUCCAGUGGAGAAUAAGGUAUAUUGGGAGUGGUUUAUGGAAUUGCUGCGAGAGGAUUUGGGUUUGGAGCUUGGAAAUGCUCUAGCGUUGUCUUCUGAUCAUCAAAAAGGAUUGAUAUAUGCCAUUAAGAAUGUGCUCCCAUAUGCAGAACACAAGAUGUGUGCUAGACAUAUUUUCGCAAACUUGAAGAAAAGACAUGGUCAAUUAGAUCAGUUGCAUAAGCUCUUCUGGAAGUGUGCAAGAUCUUAUAAUAAGCAUGUUUUCGACAGGAAUUUAGAGAAGAUGAAAUCAGUCAAAGUUGAAGCUUAUGAGGAAGUGAAAAGAAGCGUCACCUCAAACUGGUCAAGGUAUGAAUCUUUAUAUAUUUUGUUUGCUUUUGUAGCUGUGUUCCUAAGUACAUUUUUGUGUCUUAAUGCAGAGCAUUUUUCAGUGAUGUUACAAAGUCACCUGCCGUUGAAAACAACAUUAGUGAGUCCUACAACGCCAUUUUGAAAGAUGCAAGAUGCAAACCAAUAAUCGGAUUGCUAGAGGACAUUAGAAGGCAUGUGAUGUCAAGCAACCUUGUCAAGAUUAAUGAGAUUGAAAAAGCUACUGGUCUCAUUACACCCAAGGCAUUAGCUAUCAUAGAAAAGCGGAAGCAAAGUCUAAAAUGGUGUCAUCCAUUUUCAAAUGGGAGAGGCGUUUAUGAGGUUGAGCAUGGAAGGAACCAAUAUGUGGUCAAUGUUCGCGAAAAUGUUUCUUGCACUUGUAGGGCGUUUGAUAUAAGUGGCAUUCCAUGUUGUCAUAUAAUGUCUGCAAUGUGGGCUGAGUACAAAGACACAAGACUACCCGAGUCUCUGGUUUCAGAUUGGUACUCUAUUGAGAAGUGGAAGCUUUGUUACAGCUCUCUGAUUUUUCCUGUGAAUGGGAUGGAGAUGUGGGAGACACAUAGCGAUGGAGUUGUAAUGCCUCCUCCAGAUAGGAUCAUGCCAGGAAGACCGAAACACAAUGCUAGAAUCCGUGAUCCAAGCGAAGGAAGAAGCUGUAAUCCAACUCAGACCGAGGCUUCUGAAACUGAGAAUACUCAAACCCAAGACAACUUGCUUGAACCAACAGCAAAGGCACAUGAGAAGAUAGUAGUGGUAAGUUUUAGUUGACAAUGGUUCUUUUUAGAUGUUUGGUAAUGGUUUUAAGAUGCAGUUUUUAAUUGCAGAAAUGUUCUAAUUGUGGAGAAGCCCACCAUAACAGGCAAACUUGCACUAAGGAGCCAGUAAAUCCGCCUAAACCAGCCAAACCACCCUCUGAAUUUCCUUCUGUUCACGCAAAUGUUAUCAUGGUAAUCACUACUAGACCUGUAGCAAAUGUUUGUUCCUCAGUUCACUUUGGCUGGGAUUGAUUUUUUGUGUUCUUUCUAUGUAGACGUGUGGUAAUUGCCGCCAACCUGGUCAUAACAAACGUAAAUGCAAGCUGCCCCCGGUUCCUAAGCCACAAAAUCUACGAUCAGGAAGACCUUCCAAGAAACAGAAGACAGUGGAUGCAACAACUGUGGGGAGAGAUGCAAUAACUGAGGGGAUGGAUGCAGUCGGCUUGUAGAACCAUCUCUGUUUUUUUUUUUUAAUUUAAACUAUGUUAAGAUCAUAGUAGAACCAUCUCAGUUUUUGUUUUUGUUUUUCUGUUUCAUGUAAACUCGGUUAAGGUCAUAGUAGAACCAUCUCUUUUUGGAAUUUUCAAGUCAUUAUAGAACCAUCUCUACUUUGUAAUUUCAUGUCUAAACUCUAUUUUCAUGUUCGUGUGUAUUCUAAUGACUUAAUGUCACCAAAAAGACAGCAACAACUUCUCUAUGAACAUCACCAACAACGAAAGAUAAUAGCUUGACCAAAGUUCACCAAGCUUCACUGUAUUUACUCUCUCUUGGUCUCUAUCUCUAUCUCUCUGAAACUCCAACGAAGAAGACGAUGACGUUGACUCCGAAUCUCGUCGUUCUUCUCUCUGUAUUGAGAAAACUUUAUAAAGGAUUCAAUUAUUAAUGCAGAGCACCUGCCUAUCACGUGCUUCCAAUAUCAACCUUUAAUGAGACCUUCUUGUUCACUAAAGUGUUUGCCACACUUGGUCAAGAUGUUUCAGUCUUUUUUUUGUAAAAGAAAGUCUGCAUGCUUCUUCUUCUGGUUCCAUCAAAUUAAUCAUCAUCUCACAGACCGAAAUCAAAAAAAUAUAGGUAAUCUAACUUACCUGAACGAUGAAGAAUGAAGAGAUAUUGGAGAGAAUUUUUUUUUUUUUUAAGAAUUUAUUCAUAUCAAAAAAAUGCUUUUGUACAAUGAAUGUGAACAUUUAUCUAGCUAGAAGGAUUGGAGAGAACUUAGAAGAACCCUAGAAUCGAUUUGGGAAUUUUUGGAAAGAGAUGAACCAGAGAUGAAAAAAGCUGUGACGUUUUCGUACUAAAUAAAACGUAGUGUUUUGUACUUAACGACAAACUAUGACUUUUAACGACACAGUAGACGGAGGGGCCAAUUUAUUAAAAUACAUGACUUGAGGGGUGUUUCUGUUACAUUCUUAAUUGAGGGGUUUCUAUCCAAAUAGAACUUAGUUAAGGGGGUUUUCUGUUAAAAAUCCGAUAAAAAACGGAUAAUUAAACAUUCUAUAAAUAGAAAGCAAUUUUCUUAUUAAGAAUCUUGUAAUGUUACAAGACAAGACUGUACAAGCCAUGAGUGUCUGUGAUUCAUUGUCCAAAAAAAAAAGUCUGUGAUUCACAAAUGUAUUUUUCAAGAUUGUUAUGUAGAAAGACGAUUCUCAUUACCUUAGCUCCUAAUGUCUCAAUGUCAGCUUUUAGUAUUCUCUAUUGCCAACAGCAGCAACAUCAUUACUUGUGAUUCAUGUUACUCAUUUGCUUCAGAAGUGAUGAAUGUCCACACUUUAGCUCUUUAACCUACCAACAUAGAAAACUAGGUCUGAUUGACAGCGCCGUCCCAAACAAUUAGGUGGCUUAAAACAUUUGAAACAAUGUGGCCUUCAUAGAAA